AAGAUGAAAUAUUGCUUUGCUUUUGAUAUUUAACUUUAAUAGUACUCUAAACAUCUUAAUAUAAGGGUAAUGGCAGUUUACUACAGUCAUAAAUCCCAGGCAGAGUGCACCUGCUAUCCUACACUGUGAAACAGCUUGUGUUCCCUUCUUGUUCUGCCUGGAAUGGCUUGAAUUACCAUCUUUCUCUUUCACUUCUCUUCUUUAUUUCUUUAAGAAAUCUAACCUGACUGUGGCAGUUACCACUAAGGAAGUUACAAGGAUGGGUCAGGAGUACACCUUCAUUUUCCUUUUGACUCAACUCCAAAAGAUUAAAUAUAAUUAAUUUAUAAGAAUUCAUGUAAUAAUCUAUGUAAUCCAGACGCAGUAAACAUGGAGAUCAAAAGUCUUUAGUCAAUAAGGCUUGAAGUUCUCAUAACUUUAAUAGAUUGGUAACUUUAUAAUAAUCUGAUAACUGCAGGUUUGGAUCUUCCAGAAGUUUCAGCUCUGUUGAAUUCAGUUGCUCUGGAAUGUGUAUCUGUCUCUAUAAGGGCAGUUAAUUCUUUGCUAAAGCUGGCAGUAUUCACCCACUUUAGGUUCUGUGCAGUUUGGUGUGACUCUCCAUUCAUUAGAGAGAAGGAACUGUAUACACAAGGUGGCAAACAAGAUUUCUACAGUGUAUGUCUUACAACAUGGAGAUACAUAACCAAAAUGUGAUUAUAAUUAAUUGAUGCAUUAUGUAUAUGUAAUCAUGAUUAAUACUUCUUCAUUGCUUUCUUUUCCUAUAUUCCCAGCUCAUGAGAGCUUUUACAGAUUUGGCCCUAGUUUAUAGCUCAGCGGAGGACAAUGCCAAAUGCGAAAUGUGUGGCCCCCAAAGUGAAUGAAUGGCAAUGUUGGAAAGAGUUAAAAUGUACCUCUUUAUAAUUUGUUUUGGUAGUUUUUCAUAAAUGAUCUUCAGUUGUUUAUGAUUUUGUAAGCAACCACUAAAAUGUAGAUGAUUGCUUGUAUUAUCGAGGCACUUUUGCCUUGUUUUUCCUUGAAGUUUUUGUGAAAAAACUCACUCGUAUUUUGUGAAAAUAUGAAUGAUUAGGCAAAGUCUGCAUUUCUACCUCUUUACAUAAAUAAGAUUUCCAGUAGAACUAUUUUCAACUUCCUAUGCAAGAAUACUUAUUUUUUUACUGUAGCUUUCUAGUACUGAUAGGUUCUUCAGCUGGUUUUUGCUAUACUUAUCCAGGCAACAUAUGGAGGAACAGCUGAUUACAGCUCUUGAGAUACAGUUCCCAGGAGUCAGAUUGACAAAGGGGUUAAAAGUGAGACAGCCUUUUACUUUGGUGGAAGUGCAGUUGUUGAUUCAAGGCUCUCAGUAAAUGAUUGUUGGAGAUUUGCCAUGUGUAGCUGAGCAUUCAGAAAGAACACCACAGACUCUGCUUCCUCUUCAGGAGCCUUGUCUGUCAACAUCUCACUUUAAUUGUAGUCUGUAAGGUACCAGCAGACAGGCAAAGCUCACCAGCCAGCAGCCAUGGAAGAUCCAGUCUUCACUGACAUCAAUCAAAAUGUUAACAACACCACUGUCUCUGAGGUUUCAGAUUCUGAGGAAAAUAAAGGGGGUGAUCUUUUUGAUCAUGUCCAUGAAGAUUCAGCAUCCCCUUUUUCCAUCACUAAUACCCCAGAAAACAUGGAUGGUAGUAAAGAGAACUCAGAAGAUAGCUGCAAUAAUUCUGUGGCCUCUCAGCAUGGAAGUGAUGGAGAAGAUGAUACUCCAUCUCACCAUGGUGCUGGAGAAGACUACCCACAGCAGCAGAUGGAUCUGAUGAGCCCAACUCUGGAAGUUAAAGACAUAGAGGGCUCAAUGUUUGAGAGCAACCUGCAUUUUCCUCCAGAUUUCCAGUUUCGUCAGAGACAGAGCACUUACACCAACUCUUCAACUUCCCUCAAGUUUCCCCUUAACAAUAACUCUGAGGAAACUAACAACUUUCAGGAAGACUUUGAGAUUUCUGUUUUUGUAAAGGCUGGUAUAGAUGGAGAAAGCAUUGGGAACUGCCCAUUCUCCCAGCGUCUCUUCAUGAUCCUCUGGCUCAAAGGAGUUGUGUUCAAUGUCACCACUGUUGAUCUGAAAAGAAAGCCAGCUGACCUGCACAAUCUGGCUCCUGGGACCCACCCACCUUUCCUGACAUUUAAUGGAGAAGUCAAGACAGAUGUUAACAAGAUUGAGGAAUUUUUGGAAGAGAUUCUUGCACCUCCAAAGUACCCCAAGCUGGCUGCUAAGCACCGGGAAUCAAACACUGCUGGAAUCGAUAUCUUUUCCAAAUUUUCUGCGUACAUCAAAAACACCAAGCAGCAGGAUAAUGCUGCUCUUGAAAGGGGCUUAGUAAAGGCUCUGAAGAAGCUGGAUGACUACCUGAGAACUCCCCUGCCAGAGGAGAUUGAUGCAAACAGCACUGAAGAGGAAAAAGUGUCUAAACGCAAGUUUCUGGAUGGAGAUGACCUGACACUUGCUGACUGCAACCUUCUGCCCAAACUCCAUGUUGUCAAGAUUGUUGCAAAGAAAUACCGCAACUUCGAGUUCCCGGCGGAGAUGAUGGGGCUGUGGCGGUACCUGAAGAACGCGUACAGCAGGGAUGAGUUCACCAACACCUGUGCAGCAGACAAAGAAAUCGAGCAAGCCUAUGCAGAUGUGGCCAAGAGGCUCAGCAAGUCCUAACUGCCCCCAGCCAUGGCUCGGUAUCCCCUUUUACAGACUCUGCUCCUUGUUGCCUUAAGAUGUACUUUAUGCUGUCUGGUUGGCAUCUUUGUGACUUCACUUGUUCCAAGUGUAUUGGGCAGGGACAUAUCUGCCUCUCCCUGGAGAAAAGGGAAGGCAGCUGUAG